CAUCUUUCUUUUUGUCAAAGUCUCGGUGAACUAAACACGCGGUGCGAAAGCACGAAUAAAAAUAUCGAAAAAUGGGUCGUAUGCACGCUCCUGGUAAGGGUAUUUCCAAAUCCGCGCUACCAUACCGUCGUUCCGUGCCGUCGUGGCUGAAAUUGAACGCCGAUGAUGUCAAGGAGCAGAUCAAGAAGCUCGGCAAGAAGGGCAUGACACCGUCGCAGAUCGGCAUCAUUCUGCGGGAUUCGCACGGUGUCGCUCAAGUGCGCUUCGUCAAUGGCAACAAGGUCCUGCGUAUCAUGAAGGCCGUUGGCCUGAAGCCUGACAUUCCGGAAGAUCUGUACUUCCUGAUCAAGAAGGCCGUAUCGAUCCGCAAGCAUUUGGAGCGUAACCGUAAGGACAUCGACAGCAAGUUCCGUCUGAUUCUGAUCGAGUCUCGCAUCCACCGCCUGGCCCGGUACUACAAGAUCAAGGCAGUCCUGCCACCGAACUGGAAGUACGAAUCGAGCACUGCUUCCGCUCUGGUUGCCUAAGCAGGAAAGUGGGAAGUGAGACCCCCGGCGAAGAGACAGACAGACCGGUGUGAAGGAAAGAAAAAUGCAUUGAUGGUCUGAUGAUGUUCAACUUCAAAAGUGGGAUGUUGAAAAUGUAAUAAUACACAGCAGCUGGCAUCUGGACGGAGUCAGUUUCUCUA